AUGACAAAAAUUAACAAGUAUUGGAAGAAACGAGAGCAGAUGGCGGAGUCGCCUGAAAAUUUCGAUUCUUUAUCGCAAAGAUCGCCCGUUCAGCUAUCUGCAAAGCAACUUCACGCCAAACGAUUUCAUUCCCAUUCGUCUCAUGAUCAAAAGAAAAAACCUCCACUACGAGAACAAGUAUCCAAAACGCCAAAGAAUGCUGUCAAAUUGAAACAAGCAGCCAUACCGGUUCAUUUCACAUGGGCGUUGAUCCUUACUAUUUCAUGUUUCUUUCUUAUCGGGCCCAUUUGGACAUUGUAUAAAACGAUUCAGUUGCGUCGAAUGAUUGAACGACGAGAAGUGGAUGCUGCUGCACGUUUAUCCCAUAAAAUUACAACUGUAUUAACUAUUUUAACGGUGCUCGGCGCUUUUGCCUGGGUGGCGAUUCUUUUUUGCACGGUGGGAUUAAUUUUAACUGGUGUUUUACUUCAGAAAAAGUUGAUAUAA